AUGUCAAUGCAAGGGAAAGUUGCAAUUGUGACAGGAGCCGGCCUGGGGCUCGGCAGACUCUAUGCCUUGGGACUAGCAGCAAAGGGUGCCAAAGUUCUGGUCAACGACUACGGCGGGACUCUGGAAGGGCAGGCAGGCACUAUCACCAGGGCCCAAUCUGUUGUCGACGAGAUCAAUGCCGCAGGGGGGGUCGCGGUGGCGCACAAUGGAGAUGUUUCCAAAGACGCCAAAGAGAUUGUGGAAGCCGCGGUCAAAGAAUUCGGCACUGUGCACAUUCUGAUCAACAACGCCGGUAUCACGGGGAAGAUGUCUUCUCAUUACGACGUGGACGGGCCUGCAUUUAUGCGGGUGCUCGAAAUUGGUGUCCUCGGGACGACAUUGGUGACCAGUGCCGCGUACUCCAUUAUGGCAAAGCAGAAUUACGGCCGUAUCGUUAAUGUUUCGUCGAAUGCUAUAUACGGGUUUGGGACUGGAGGCGACUGCGCAUACGGUGCGUCCAAAGGCGCGACAUUUGCAAUCACGAGAGAGCUGGGCAGAUGGUCUGAGCGAGACGGUAUCAAGAUCAACUGUAUUAUGCCGUCUGCCGCAUCGAGAAUGGGCGACUUAUCCGAGGGUACAAAAAUGGUCACCCGCACCUAUUUCCCUCCGGAGGGUGUGGUGCCCUUCGUGGUAGCUCUUUGCUCAGAAGAAUGCCCAUCGUCUGGGGAGGUCUUUACAGCUAGUGCUAAUCGUGCCGCACGGGAGACCCUGGCAACCUUUCCAGGUCUCAAGUCAGAGACAGCAGAAGGAUUUCUGGUCGACUGGGACACGGUCAUGGGGAAGGGGGACACUCCGUUCCUGGCAGACAGCACUCUUGAUCAUGUCAAGUAUAUCAUUCGCGAGGCACAUGGCAAGGAAAUGGAAGAUAUCCCAGACUUUGGUAUUGCAGGGAAAUAG